AAACCCUAAAAUAAAGAUUCCUCCAUUCUUCGUCGGUCUUCUCCAUAAAUAUCGCUCCGCUCGCAAGUCUACCAUUCAGUCUUGAUCACUGUGAGGUGUGAGCCAAAGCCAUUGUGUAUUCAGAUUCCUUCGUAUCUAUCUCCUCACGGGUAAGACUCAAGAGUCAAGAAUUGUUCUGUGCCGAGAUUUUGAAUUCUGUGCACUUUUCGCUGGAGAAUGGCAAUUCGGACUGCACAUGUUUCUCUUACUGUGGCGGCCCUUGGCGUGCUCUCCUUCAUACUUGGAAUAAUUGCAGAGAAUAAAAAGCCUGCAUCUGGAAUUGCAAUCCCGGGGAAAGAUGUUGUUAUUUGCAAAUAUCCAUCUGACCCAACUGUGGCCUUGGGAAGCUUAUCUGUUGUUGCUCUCUUUCUAUGCACUUGUCUUGGAUUAGUCUCUGUGUUUUACCCCUACAAAGGGAAAUCUGUUCCAACGGAGGCUUUGUUUCGAAGCUCUUCCUUGGUUGUCUUCUUUACAAUUGCAAUUGGAGUGUCUGUUUUAGCAGAAGGGAUGAUGAUGUGGGCUUCAAUCACUGAAGGCCUUCACCUUGCCCGGAACGUGCAUCACAACCUAGAGACAGGUUGCCCCACAGCCAAAACUGGUCUUUUUGGUGGUGCUGCUUUUCUGGCCCUUGAUGCUUCCCUCUUCUGGUUGAUUUGCCAAAUGCUGACACUGAAUGCCAGAGCUGAUUACCUUGAAGAAGAAGAUCCUAAAGGUGAAUAUGGUCAGGUCCUUGCAACUGACUACAAUGCAAAUGGAAGGGCAGCGGUGUGAAGAAUCUAGAUAGAAAAACAAAAUAUGAAUAGAAAGAAGACUUGCAAUGCUAUUACUCUACUUAAGUAUAGUUUUACUUGGGCUCAAUUAUUGCAUUUUUUAUUUAUUUAUCAUGAACAUAUUUGCAUCAUUCUGCAUCUUAUGGAUUCAUCACUUAGUUGACCUGUAAAUAUUGUUUAUUGCAAUUGUUCUCUUACACUUGGUAUUGAACUUGUGUUUGGAAUUAUACUUUAUCUACCUUGUAUC